AUGUCUCCUGUAUUCGACACCGACUACCCUGCAGACUCGGUUGAGUUCUGCCCAAAUCCAGGAUUCUCAAAUAUUUUCGUCUGCGGCACUUAUAAACUCGUUGAAAGUCCGAAACCACCAGCCCCAGGCCUUCCAACCCCAAAGGCAUAUAGGAAAGGACAAUGUCUGGUAUUCCGAUUGAAUGAGUCUGAUGACCUGUCCUUGCUCAUUGAAAACAGUGAUCAUGUACAAACACUGGAUUAUCCAGCGAUUCCCGACCUAAAGUGGUGUCACGGAAGAACCUUUCCACGACCUACAUUGGCUAUCGCGGACUCUGAGGGAUCGGUAUCUCUGUGUCAAUGGGAUCACGAUACUGGGGCAAUGAUACCAAUCAACUCGAUUCAAUGCGCUGAUAUCGACACCUUAUGCCUAUCCUUGGACUGGAAUAACCGACUCGUGGAUGCAAAGCCUCUUUCUCUUGCAGUAUCUUUGUCCAAUGGAGAACUGGCCUACCUUCAAGUAGACAGCACCGGUGACCUGAGAGUUAUUGGGACUUGGCACAGUCAUGACUACGAACCAUGGGUUACAAGUUGGAACUAUCAUGACCCCAACAUGCUGUUUUCUGGUGGCGACGAUCUUACACUAAAGCUCUGGGAUAUCCGUAAUGGGUUCGAACGCCCUGUGAUGGUCAACAGAAAAUUUGAAGCCGGCGUAACCUGUAUCCAGAGCCAUCUCGUUGAUUCGGAUCUAGUUGCAGUUGGAAGUUAUGAUGAAAAGGUCCGAUUCUUUGAUACUCGAAACUUGCUCAGACCCCUUGACGAACUGGGUGUCGGUGGCGGGGCAUGGAGAAUUAAAUGGCACCCAUCCGCUUCCCGUCAAAACGAACUUCUCAUCGCCUGCAUGCACGAUGGGUUCAAAGUGGGACGGUACUCGAAGGAUACUCCAUCCUCCAUCCUGAGCGAGUUCAGAGAACAUGAAUCGUUAGCUUACGGGGCGGAUUGGUCUUUCUCUGAAGGAGGAGAGAAGACGCCAAUAGCUACAUGCUCUUUUUACGAUCAUAAACUACACGUCUGGUCGGCCUGA